UCUCUCUCUCUGCGUGAAAACUUGAGCUCACUCUUCCUGGAGUUGUAAGAAACUCUCGGGGCCUCCUCGAAGCCUCUGAUCCAAGCUUUUGCCCCUUUCUGUCCUCGUAAGUCAUUGCAGCCAACCGGGGGGAAGGACAGGGGAAAGGACGAGGACGGGACAUAAUCUCAGGCGGAUUUGGGUACUAUCUAGGUUUCUGUCUUUCAUCUGAUUCUUAGACUUCUAAUCGGUCGACCUCGGGUUUCGUGCGAAUGGAUUUUGGGGUUGUGGGUGGCCACGGAAGUUAACUCCCUAUAUUUGGCAUCAGCCUGGUGACUUUCAAGGAGACUCUCCCUUUCAUGCAGCUUCGAUUCAGUCAGCUGGGAAAUGGUUGCUUGAAUCAGAAUCAUCUUCCUCUAUGGUUCAGAAUUAAAGUGGUGAAUCUCAUGAGGUCCUUACAUCACAUUGUGCCAGUGUGCAUUGUGGUUUCAUAGCGAAGUGCAGGGUACUACUUAGAAGUAUGGAAUCUGAAACUGCAAGUACGAACCAUUUGGCUUUGGGCCUUCAUCGCGUGCUUCCAGCUAUCCUACCAGCAUUUCUAAUUUCAGUUGGAUACGUUGACCCUGGAAAGUGGGCUGCUAAUGUUGAAGGAGGUGCACGAUUUGGGCUUGAUCUUUUAGUAUUUGUGCUUAUUUUCAAUUUUGCGGCAAUUCUGUGUCAGUACCUGUCAGCUCAAAUUGGUGUGGUCACUAAGAGAGAUCUUGCUGAGAUUUGCAGUGAUGAGUACGACAGAUGUGUAUGCAUUCUAUUGGGGAUUCAGUUGGAGUUUUCUAUGAUUGCAUUGGACAUUUCUAUGAUUGUGGGAAUGGCACACGCACUAAAUCUUCUUCUCGGGGCGGAUUUGUUCAGUUGCAUUUUUUUGACUGCUAUAGAUGCUGUUUUCUACCCUCUUUUUGCAAACCUCCUGGAGAACUGCAAGGCCAAACUCAUAUGUGUAUGCAUUGCAUGCUUCAUAAUUUGUGCUUUUGUUUUUGGAUUACUCCUAAGUCAAGCAGAAAUCCCUCAAACCAUCAAUGGGGUGCCUACUGUAUUCAGUGGGGAGAGUGCAUUUAUGUUGAUCAGUCUUCUUGGAGCAAGUAUUCUGCCUCAGAAUUUUUACCUCCAUUCUGCCCUAAUUCAGCAUUACCGGGGAGAGCCUAAUUUUUCUAGUGGUUCCCUGAUUCACAACCAUCUAUUUGCCAUUAUAUGUGUAUUCAGUUGCAUUUGUCUGGCGAGUUAUGCGCUGAUGAGUUCAGCUGCAAAUGUGUUCUAUAGUGCGGGCCUUGUUUCUCUUACUUUUCAAGAUGCACUGACCUUAGUGGAGCAGGUAUUUCCGAGUCCAAUUGCACCUUUUCUUUUACUACUGGUUUUGUUCAGCUCUAGUCAAGCCACAGCUUUAACCUGGAAGAUAAGUGGAGAAGUGGUCUUGCAUAAUUUCAUGAUGGUGGACAUCCCAAGCUGGCUUCACCGUGCUUCAAUCAGAAUUUUUGCCAUCAUUCCUGCUAUUUACUGUGUAUGGAAUUCUGGAGCUGAGGGGUUGUACCAAUUACUCAUUUUUACACAGGUUGUGGUAGCUCUGCUGCUCCCCUCCUCUGUGGUCCCUCUUUUCCGUGUUGCCUCAUCCAGAACAGUGAUGGGUAUCCACAAAAUCUCUCAGGUUGUGGAGUUCUUGGUUCUGAUUACAUUUAUUGGAAUGCUUGGCUUGAAGAUUAUAUUUGUGUUGGAGAUGAUCUUUGGAAGUAGUGAUUGGGCUGGUAAUUUGAGAUGGAACAUUGGCAGUAAUUCAUCUUACCUGUAUGUUGUCCUUGUCAUCACUUCUUGUGCAUCAUUGGGUUUGAUGCUAUGGCUAGCAACUACGCCAUUAAAAUCUGCGAGUUCGCAAACAAAUGCACAGUUAUGGAAUUGGGAUUUGCAAAGGACAACUGAGGUUUAUGCUGAGAAAGAGGAGUCUGAUUUUGGUGGUCCUGGAGAACACAGCCAAGAGCUGGGUGCAUCUCCUUUACCUGGGAAGUCCCACUCUGUCGCAUCCGUGGUGACUUCUGUGGUUGAUUCACCAGUGACAGAAUCUGACCACGAGUGCAGUUUGAUGACUGUAGACGACAAGCAGUCUAAUAUUGUGUUGCCAAACUCACAAAUAUGCUCUUCCGAAGAACUGAUGUCUGUAACGCAAGGCAUGCCGCAAUUAGCUGUGUCAAAGGAGACAUCUGAAACUAAGGCCACAACAAUUGAGGUGAUUGAAUCAGUUGAACCUGUUGAGAAGACGGUGGGAGUUGAGGUAGACCUCCCGACUAAAAAUGAUGAUGGAAAAAAUUCCUGGGAAUGUGAGGAACUAUCCAAAGGAGCUUUGGGGAGCACUCCAAUUAUACCCGAGGCUCCAGGCUCAUUCAGGAGUCUCAGCGGCAAAAGUGAUGAUGGUGGAAAUGGUGCGGGUAGUCUUUCGAGAUUAGCAGGGUUGGGGCGUGCUGCGAGGCGUCAAGUAGCUGCCGUUCUCGAUGAAUUUUGGGGACAGCUCUAUGACUUUCAUGGACAAGUUAGUCAAGAAGCAAAAGCUAAAAAGUUUGAUUUGUUGCCUGUGGUUGAUGUGAAGGUUGCCGCUUCAACAAGCAAAAUGGACACAUCUGGGUUGGACUCUUCUGCAUAUUUCCCUUCAUUGGCUGGAAGAGGAUCUGAUCCAUUUAUGAGCCCAAGUAUGUUUGAUUCUCCCGAGCAUCAGAGGGUACAGAGUGGCCGAGAGUCACCUUAUGGGUCUCAAAGGGGAUCUUCUGCUCUAUGGUCCAACCAAAUGCAGUUGUUGGAUGCAUAUGUUCAAAGUUCUCACUGUGGAGUAGAUGCUGGCGAGAGGCGUUAUUCUAGUUUGCGUCUUCCUCCCUCUUCCGAUGGCUGGGAUAACCAGCCUGCCACAGUUCAUGGUUAUCAGAUUGCAUCAUAUCCCGGUCGGAUUGCAACUGAAAGUUCUGUUUGUUUUAAUGGGCAGGGUGAGAUCCCAAAAUCCCUGUCCUUGGCCCCAUCCAGCUACAAGGACUCUAAUGCUUAUUCUUUGGGGCAAAAGUUUCAGAAUGGGCUGAGCCCUGUACAGACAUCAUUUCAGAAUGUUGCGGUUUCUGGAAACAGUUUAAUCCACCCAGAGAGACAUUAUUAUGAGCAUUUCUCUUCUAGUCCUUCCCAUAGUGCGCUGGCUUCAGCCAAUGAGAAGAAGUACCGUAGUUUGCCAGAUAUUUCUGGAGUGUCUGUCUUUAAUCGCAAUUCAGGUAUGUCUGCCAAGAAUGCUCAGUGGGACACUUCCAUUGGAUGUGGUCCAUCCGUAAAUAAAACGAGUUAUGAACCACCAGGUUUCUCUUGUUCUGUAUCUAGAGUAGGCCCGUUGGCGUUUGACGAGCUCUCUCCAUCUAGCAAAUAUCGAGAUGCGUUGUCUAUGCAGUUGACAUCAAACCCAAAUACUUCAUCCCUCUGGUCGAGACAGCCUUUUGAGCAGUUUGGUGUUGCUGACAAAAGUCGGCCGUUGGGCAGCAUAGGAAGCAAGUCGAGCGCAUUUUCUAGAGAAAUUACUUCUGUUGUGGAUGCUGAGGCCAUGCUUCUCCAGUCCUUGAGACAUUGCAUUUUGAAACUCCUGAAGUUGGAGGGAUCUGACUGGCUGUUUAAGCAAAACGACGGUGCUGAUGAGGAUUUAAUCGACAAGGUUGCUGCUAGGGAGAAAUUUCUUUAUCAGCUCGAGAACAGGGAGAUGAACAACGCUUCAUUGAAGAAUGAAGAGUUUGGUUCUGCAAAUUUUUUGAUUCCAUCUAUUCCCCAUUGUGGUGAUGAGUGUAUCUAUAGAGCCGAUCUCAUAAUAAGCUUUGGCGUGUGGUGUGUACACAAGGUUCUUGAUCUGUCGCUCAUGGAAAGUCGGCCAGAGUUAUGGGGAAAAUAUACUUACGUACUUAACCGACUUCAGGGAAUCAUUGAACCGGCAUUCUUGAAGCCCCGAACACCGAUGCCCCCUUGCUUUUGCCUCCAAAUUACUGGAGUAAACUUCCAGCAGGUACCAAGCCCUGCUGUUGGAAUUAAUGAUUCAUUACCUCCAGCCGCAAAAACUGCCCGUGGCAAAUGCACAACGGCAGCGAUGCUCCUCGAAGUAGUCAAGGAUGUGGAGACUGCAAUCUCAGGCAGGAAAGGUCGGACGGGCACUGCAGCAGGUGAUGUGGCUUUCCCUAAGGGGAAAGAGAAUUUGGCAUCUGUCCUCAAGCGAUAUAAGCGCCGACUGUCCAACAAACACGUCAGUUCACACGAGGGGGUCCGCAAGAUUCCGCAUCCUGCUUCUUAUGUCUCCUAGCGCAGAUGAACUUUAUAUCUCCCUCCCUCCCUUCCUCCUUGUACCAAAGUUCUUUUUGCUGCAAAUUUUUCCUUAGUUCUGAUGGAACCAUUAGUAUGUAAUGUGAUAUACUGAUAUGUAAAUGCUGCGGAUUAGUCAAAGCUCAUGGAAAGAAGGGGUUGGCUA